AUGCAUUGGUUUUCAGUUGAUAUCCAGUUGAUUUACAAAGACAAACCUAAGAAAAGAGAUGGAAUAAACAGCACUCAAGAAAAAACCGCAGGUGAACAAAUAAACUCGGGAAAAAUUCGUCAGAAAAGUGAAAACAACAAAAAAUCCAAUGAACAACAAAUCAAAAAUGAAUUCAAUCAAAUAGUUAAUAAUAAUAAUAAUGAAAAAACAAAUCGAAUUUUCAAUAACUUAACAAACUCGAUAAAUUUAUUAAAAGAUCAAAGAAAUGAAUUAUUAAAUGAACGUGAAAUAAAAAUCAAAACACAUCAACUAUCAGAUUCAUUACUUAAAAAUGCUUAUACAAUUGCUCAACAAGCAUUAGUCUUACAAGCACCUACAACUACAUCCAAAACCGAAAAUAAUAUUUUAAAAACAUCAGAUAUUGAUAAUCAUCAACAGAAGAAAUCAUUCAUUCGAUCGAAAUUAUCUGUUGAUACGCAUGAAAAAGAAAAUAUUCAAUUUAACACACAUAAUUCAAUUGUUGAACAAUUGAUAAAAGAUUAUAAAUCAAAAAAAAAAUACAUUAAUAAAUAA